AUUGUUAAGACGCUCUAUACGCCUGUUCAUCACAGAGCAACCAAUACACUGGAUGAUUUUUGCGUUAAUAAAUCAAUUCUGAAUAUCAAGUGGAAAAUAUACUUGAAGACGCUAUAAGAACAGCUUUAAGCGAGUUCACAUCGUCAAUAAAUUCAGUAUUGAGCUGAAAGUUGGUAGCGACACUUCAAGUAUAUACAAUUGAAGAACUAAAUAUCUUUAUAUUGCGAGAAGACUUACUUACCUAACAAAGGUGAUAAAAGCAAGGAUUCUGUAAUAUAUAAGGAUGUCAGAAACUUUGAUAAACUAAAUAUUUGUGAAUAAAUAUGGAUAACGAAACAUGCUACAAAUCUCGUACGGACGAAGGGUUGUUUACAAAUGCCAACUUCUGGACACUUUGGCUAAGUGCAAUACCAUUUGUUGUUAUAUUUGUGUUGACAGUAACAGCAAAUGGGGCUGUGAUAAUAAUGUUUGCAAUUAAAGUGAAAUUACGAAAGUGUAGAAAUACAUACAUUAUGAGUUUAGCAGUGGCAAACUUUCUCAUCGGACUUACAAUGCCUAUUUCUAUACUAGAAACACUUGGGGAAAAAUGGAUUUUCAGCGAAAAUGUUUGUACAUACUUUCUAACGAUAAGGUACUCGUUGUAUUAUGUGACAAUCUUAAGUAUAAUCCUCAUUACGGCGGACCGGUGGUGGUCCGUGAACUUUCCGUUUUCUUACAGAAUCCGAAGAAGCAAGAAAAUGGCGCUUUCAUUAGCAGCUGUAAUUUGGAUAUUAAGUUUCGUUAUUCACAUUCCGUCAAUAGUUGGUUGGAAUCUUUUACAUGUACAUACAGUCAAGCUUCAUAAUUACUGUCGGGUACCCUACGAGUAUAAUCCUGGUUUUACUUUCUCGGCAUCGGUGAUAGAAUUUUUCAUUCCGCUUAUAUUGCUCAUUUCACUUAAUAUGGGGAUUUAUAUAAAACUUUCAAGACGGAGGAAUAGUAAAAAGAUUCGCAGAUCUUUGAGUACAUCUGAAGGACAUACAAUUUAUGGACGUAAAACAUCAUCUGAUUCAGAUAAUAAUAAUAUGUCAGAUGAUAAAAGUGAAGUGUUUUCUGCUUUGAACUUCAGAAAAGAACCGCGAAGAUAUCAAUCAUCGUUGUCCGCUAUGGUGCGUAUAAAUGGUGAAAAAAAUAACUUUUCUCUUGUGUCAGCGAGAAUGUUUGCUGCUCAAAGAAACACCACCGUGCGCCGGCUAUCUUGCGAAUAUGCCAACAUAAUGGCGUCGAUACAGCGAAAAUAUUCUAGUUCACGACCUGUUUCGAGAACCAGCGUGUCGAAAACGAAACAUCACGAUGAUAUGGUGAGAGACUUUUUACUUCGUCAGGACAACAAAGCGCUUCUUUCAUUAGCCUUAUUGGUAAUAACAUUUGUGAUUUGCUGGACACCAUCAAUUCUUUGUGAUAUUUUGUACGCAUUUUGUCCGAGUAAAGUACCGAUGUGGCUUAUCAUUAUGUCAUAUUGGGUUUUAGCGCUUAGCUCUUUAUUGAAUCCAUUUUUAUACGGAAUUGGGAGUAACGAUUUUAGGCGAUUAGCAAAACUUUUAAUCUGUGAAGACAAGAAGAAGAACCGAAUACUUGAGAAUAUGUUGUACAAUCAACUUAUCCAGCCUUGUGAUCUUAUAACAAUGAAAGGAGAAAUCUUUGAAAAUAGAAGGACAAACUCUAUCAAUAAUGUUAGCUAUGUAUAAUCAAACAGUGAUGAGGCUUCAUUGAAAGACUAGCGAAACGGAUAUUAAAAUGACUUGCCGAGAAUAUAUUUGGUGCUUAAAUAGAUUGUUUUGCCAAAGAAUUGGAAGAAAUAUUUCUAGAUAAAAUACAUUCGAUGUGGACAAUCAUUUGAAGUAACAAACACAAAUGUGUAUAUGACAAAGUAGUACAUAUAUUAUAUAAAUCAGUAUUUUUCCAUUAUUUUAAUGUUUCAGAGUUAUAUUUAUUCUCUUUUGUCGAAGUACAAUAUUUAUUGCAUAAUGAGGUAAAAGGGACCACAUUUAUUAAAUUUUUAACAUAACUCGAACUUUUUUGUUGUGAUUUUUUGUAUAAUUUUAUUUGAAAUUGUAGUAAUAACUUAUGUGAAAACUUUCACAUCAUUUGCUCUCUCUCUCUUUAUUUUUAUUUACUGAUUAAUUAUUUUGAUAAUGAAAAACUUUCCGCCAAAAAAAAGGUUUAAACGUUUUAAACGCAAAUCGGACUAAGAGAGCAGAAGAAAAAUACAAAUAUAUAUAUAUAUUUUUAUUUGCUUUAAACAAUUUAGAACGUUUCUAGCAUAAUACAUUGACUGAUAAAGUAGUCAACAGCAACAAUGCAAAAAUAAAUUGUUAUCCAAUUUGGACUAGCGGUCUGAACCUCUUGUCUUUGUUUGCAUUUACACAUAUCUCGUUAGUGGACCCAGUAACUUUCGACUUUAUAAUUUAGUGCUUUUUUACCUAAGUGGAGUUCUUUUAUACCAGAGAUGGUAUUAUUUUUGAUGUGAUUGUACUGUUAUUUCAUUGACCACAAACUAUUAAGUUUAAGUUUUGUAAAGUAUUUGUAUUUUUAUACAUUAUCAAUAAAAGUAUUAACGUAUUACCAUUUGAUUACAUAGUUUAUACGUUGUGCAUAUUCAACAACUUGUUGUUGUUUGAAUGAUGUAUUAAUUUUGUUGUUAAGUUUGUCUAUUCAAACUGUGAGAUAUGGAUUCA